UUAAAGUGUGAGGUGUACUGGCCUCAGGAGAUGAAUGCCCAACAGUAUGGUAACAUAUCUGUUAGUACACUAGAUGAGAGCAUUGAGCCUUCUUGCACUACCAGGAAGUUCAUGGUGACACAAGCAAAGAAAGUGCUUGAAAUUUUUGUGGGUCAAUAUUUUCGUGGUUUGUCCCUAGUGGGCAGUAAGGACGUCUCAUCAAGAGAGUGUACUCAGUAUCAUUUUACUGGCUGGCCUGAUAUGGGAGUACCCAACGACUCCGCUACUAUGCUUAGAUUUGUUAAAAGGAUUCGCUCGUCGCUCACUAACGAUAAACCGAUUGUGGUCCACUGCAG